GUUACUGGGGGUCGACGAGGGCAUCGGGUGAUUGAUUUGUGACGCAUCGCACGGCAAGAACAUCGAUUGCAUCGCCGCACACUCGCGUACCAUCAACUUGUUAACUCCCGUUGGUAUCCGACUCCCACCGGCCCAGUUCACCCGACGACUUCCGGAGUGGCAGAUUGCCAUGAACUGUCUAAGCGGAAAGGGUGUCGCAAGGCCCGUCGAUGUGCCAGUCGACAAAAAGGCCGUGAGUGACAUCGUAGGAGACGAUGAGAUUAUAGGCGUUCGGCCCGGGCCGGCUAAGAUUGGAGUCGCCGGCGCUGUGUUCCUCAUAUUGAACAAGAUGAUCGGGACAGGCAUCUUUUCCACACCUUCGAGCAUAUUCGCCGCCACCGGAUCGGUGGGCAUUAGCUUGCUGUUGUGGGCAGUUGCCGGCCUCCUCACCCUUUCUGGUCUCGGCGUGUACCUCGAGUUCGGCCUCGCCAUACCGAGAUCCGGUGGCGAGAAGAACUACCUCGAACGCAUAUUCAGACGUCCCCGCCAUCUGGCCACCGACGUGUUCGCCGUCCAGAUUGUCCUGCUCGGAUUUUCCUCCGGAAACGCCCUCGCCUUUGGCCGCUACGUCCUCCUGGCCGUUGGCCACCCCAUGCCCGACGGCUGGGUACCUCGCCUGAUUGCGGUGGCUUGCAUUACUCUUGUUGUCUUGCUGCACGCACUCCUCCCGAGAUGGGGACUGAGACUCACCAACGCGCUUGGUAUCUUCAAGGUCCUCGUCCUGCUCUUGAUCGUCUUUUCAGGAUUUGCCGCUCUGGCGGGCUACCGGCUGGUUCCGGACCCCCACAACUUUGACGACUUCUGGGCCAUCGAAAAGGGGGAUGGCUAUGGCGGAGGGGGGGCGUAUGCGUAUGCCACCGCCCUCCUGCAGGUGGUGUACAGCUACAAGGGCUGGGAGAACGCCAACUACGUGAUGGGUGAGCUCAGAAACCCGCAACGGACGCUCAAGAUUGCCGCACCCCUUGCUGUUGUCGGCAUCACGCUUCUGUAUGUGCUCGCCAACGUUGCAUACUUCGCCGCGAUACCCAAGGCCGAGCUUGCCAAGUCCGAGGUCAUUGUGGCCGGGCUCUUCUUCCGAAACAUGUUUGGCGAGAGCGCAGCAGCGAGGAGCCUACCCGCUUUCGUCGCCCUCAGCAACAUAGGCAACGUGCUCGCCGUGAGCUUCGCACAUUCUCGGGUCAACCAAGAGCUGGCCCGGGAAGGCGUCUUGCCAUGGAGCAAGUUUUGGGCAUCUACCAGGCCGUUCAACACCCCAGCCGCCUCGCUCUUCCUCCACUGGAUCAUUACCGUCAUCGUAUUGGUUGCGCCUCCUCCGGGCCCCGCAUACAACUUUAUUGUCAACCUGUACACAUAUCCCGGUGCUUGGAUCAACGCCUUCGUCGCCGGAGGUCUCAUCUACCUCCGGCUCACCAAGUCAGAAAACUGGUCGUCCCCCUGGCAGACCUAUCUCCCGGUACCCGUCAUCUUUCUUUGCCUGAACAUCUUUCUCGUUGUCACUCCGUUCAUGCCGCCAAACAGCGACUGGAACGCCGAUGGCUACCCGUACUACGCUUUCCCUCUGGUCGGGACCGGGGUUCUUCUGCUCGGUGCUCUGUACUGGCUGGUGUGGACGAGGUUAUGGCCGGAAUGGACGAGUUUCGCAGUCACCGACGCCUUGGUCCUGAAAGAAGACGGGGAAGACGCGGCCGUCCCUGGUAAGUCGUCCGGGCCGCAGAGUCCAUCAUCGGUGGCGGCGGAGGAGCAGCCAUUACUGGGGCCGAAGGGAGAUAGGGGGCAGGGCUAUGACAGCAUUGAUUGAUGAAUUACGACAUGUGGCAGACGAGGGUCUGAGACUUUAAAUAUGAUCUAACGUCAAUAUCAUGGUUUUCGAAUUUGGGUGGCAACGCUGUUAAGAAAGCAUCGGAAUAUCAUCAAGAUGUUUUUUUUACCGACGAUGGAACAGUAAUUAAUUACGCGGGAGCCGGUGAACCAGAGUCCGCAGAAUACAUGUACUAUUAGGGCUUCUGAUGCAGCUGACAACCAGCGAUGAGAGAGAAAAUGGAGGCAUGGGUUG